AUGGCAGGCAGGUGCACGACCCACAAGACAGCCAGCACCGAGGUGCUGCUGUCGCGGGUCGUAAGGAUCGUCCCAAACCUGCGACGGGGCCUGGGCUGGCACAUGCACGAGAAGCCGUUUCGGAAGGUGCGCCACCAGGCCUACGUCGGCAGGGAGCGGGCCAUCACGCGGCUGGCGGAGCAGUUCCGCGCCCCCCCAGGCAUGACUACCAUCGUCGGCGUGGGCAACUGGUCGGCCCAGGACCGGGGGGGCAUCAUGCGGGGGACUCCGCCUGGGCCCUGGAUAGGCUUCUUGCGGCGCCUGCGGCGGGUGUGCAGGAUGGUGGUGGUCAACGAACACAGGUCAUCAAAGCUGUGUUGCGCCUGUCACGCCACCCUGCAGGCCCACCAGUACGUGCGGGUGCGCAAGGGCGAGGAGAAGCUGGUGGACGUGUGGGACACCAAGCGGUGCACGAACAAGGGCUGCAAAGUCCACGUUGUCAACCGCGACGUGAACGGAGCGGCCAACAUGCUGAUGCUGACAAAGAUUUUUUAG